AUGGCGAGAAAAAUGAGCAGCACGUUGCAGGUUUUGGUCGUUUCCUGCUGCAGCUUGCUGCUUCUGUGUGCUCCGGCGGCCUCCGCCGGCGAUUACCCGCCGACGGCGAAGGGCUUGUCGUACGGUUUCUACCAGAGGAGCUGUCCCAAGGCGGAGACCAUCGUGAGGAGCUUCCUCAAGAAGGCCAUCCGCAACGACGUCGGCCUCGCCCCCGGCCUCAUCCGUCUCCACUUCCAUGACUGCUUCGUCCAGGGUUGCGACGCGUCGGUGCUGUUGGCGCGCACGGCGACGGAGGCGAGCGAGCUGGACGCUCCACCCAACGAGACCAUCCGCCCGUCGGCGUUGAUGGCCGUCGCCCAACUCCGCGCCCUGCUCGACGACGCGUGCAGCGGGGCCGUCGUCUCCUGCGCUGACAUCCUCACCCUCGCCGCGCGCGACUCCGUCCGCCUGGUCGGCGGGCCGGAGUACAGGGUCCCCCUGGGCCGGCGCGACGGCGCGACGAUCGCGGCGAGGGAGCGCGUCGUCGCCGCGUUCCCGCCGCCGAGCUCCAACGUGACGGCGCUCCUCGCCGCCGUGGCCAAGAUCGGCCUCGACGCCGCCGACCUCGUGGCGCUCUCCGGCGCGCACACGCUCGGCGUCUCCCGCUGCAUCUCCUUCGACGACCGCCUCUUCCCGCAGGUGGACGCCACCAUGGACGCGCGGUUCGCCGCCCACCUCAGGCUCUCCUGCCCGGCCAAGAACACCACCAACACCACCGCCAUCGACGUACGGACGCCCAACGCCUUCGACAACAAGUACUACGUCGACCUGCUCAGCCGGCAGGGGCUCCUGACCUCCGAUCAGGUGCUGUUCAGCGACGGCAGGACGAGGGGCCUCGUCGGCAGGUUCGCCGUCGACCAGCCGGAGUUCUUCCGCCGCUUCGCCUUCUCCAUGGUGAAGAUGUCGCAGAUCCAGGUGAUGACGGGAGUGCAGGGGGAGAUCCGCACCAACUGCUCGGUGCGCAACGCCGCCGGCGGUGGCACCUAG